UUCAUUCCAUUUUUAAUAGAGAAUUUUAUGAUGAAAAUGGAGAAUAAGAUUGUAGGAAUACACUGUUUGCUAAGUGACACUCACACAAAUGCAUGAAAGUUAUACUAAACAUGAGACUGAUUUCAACAUGGAACCUGAUUCCUCUACCAUCAACCCUUUCCCUUCAUGGUGGAUUCCAAAUUAGCCUCUCCUUCAAUCUGUCGAGCAUAAAACCCACUUUUUGCUGCCAUAAAUUCCUCUUAAGCCUUCUCCAAAAUAGCCAUCGUAACACUUGCAACCUUCUGUAUUCAACUUCUCUUAACCUGAGUACAAAGGAAAAAGAAGAUGAGUUUAGAGGAGAAACCUGUAUCAGUUGGACCAUGGGGAGGCAGUGGAGGAUACAGUUGGGAUGAUGGUGUUUAUUCAACAAUAAGGCAAUUAGUGAUAGUUCAUGAUGAAGGAAUUGACUCCAUCCAAAUUGAAUAUGACAAGGAUGAUAGUUCUAUUUGGUCACUUAAGCAUGGUGGAAGUGGAGGCCAUAAAAUUGACAAGAUCAAGCUUGAUUACCCAAAUGAGUACCUAACAUCCAUUGAUGGAUACUAUGGUAGCUUAAAUCAAUGGGGACCAAUCUUCAUCAGAUCACUGAGUUUUGAGAGUAACAGGAAAAUCUAUGGACCAUUUGGAGUUGUACAAGGAACAUACUUUUCCUUGCCAGUGACAGGAGCCAUGAUUGUUGGAUUCCAUGGCAGGUAUGGUUGGCACAUAGAUGCCAUUGGAGUCCAUUUGAGGUCCUAUCACCAGCCAAAACCAUCCAAAGCAUUGUCAAACUCACAGAACCACAUAACUAACACUACUGAGAAUGUUGGUUAUUCGGUAAUACAAGGAAGUGUUAGCCAAGGCUUUGAUAUUGUUGUUGCUGUAAAACAGAAAGAUAGUUCUGUCAAAGCUUCACCAACCAAGAAGAUUUUCUCCUAUAAAGAACCUAACAGCAUUGAACCAAAAGAAAAGAUAGUUCCGAUGGUGAAGGCACCAUCAAUAGUUGAAGGUGUGGUCACAUACGGACCUUGGGGUGGUAAUGGUGGAUAUGUCUUUGAUGAUGGACCUUACACUGGAAUCAGACAGAUCGAUUUGUCGCGCAACGUUGGAAUUGUGUGGAUUAGAGUUUUGUAUGAUCUGGAUGGAGAAGCUGUAUGGGGAUACAAACAUGGUGGGGCUGGAGGAUUCAAACAUGAAAAGAUGAUCUUUGAUUUCCCAUAUGAAGUCCUAACACAUAUGUCAGGCUACUAUGGAUCUUUGAUGUAUAUGGGGCCUUCUACUAUAAGGUCACUUACAUUCCAUACUACGAAAAGGGUUUAUGGACCAUUUGGAGAUGAAUAUGGAACUUAUUUCACAACAAAGCUGAAUGAAGGAAAGGUAGUUGGAAUUCAUGGUAGAAAAGGUUUGUUUCUAGAUGCUCUUGGUGUACAUGUGAUAGAAGGAAAAGUGAUAGUGCCAGUAGCAGCAUCUCCCUCCAUGGAAAUCAUCUCAAGAGAACCAAGUAUUACAGAAAUAAACAGUGCAAAGUGGCCUGCAAAAAUUGUGCCUUCUAAAUUAGCACCACUUGAAGAGGUUUCUCGUGGUGUGGUUAAAGAACCAGCUCAAUUUGGACCAGGUCCAUGGGGUGGGGAUGGAGGUAGACUCUGGGACGAUGGAGUCUUUUCUGAUAUUAAGCAGAUUUAUUUGACAAAAUCACCUGAAGGAAUUUGCUCAAUUCAAAUCGAGUAUGAUCGAAACAAGCAAUCUGUAUGGUCUGUGAAGCAUGGCGGUAACGGAGGAAGCACCACACAUAGGAUAAAAUUGGAGUAUCCAAAUGAGGUUCUGUCUUGCAUAUCCGGCUAUUAUGGUUCAAUUACUACCGAUGAACAAGAUAUAGUUAUUAAGUCACUGACUUUCUAUACUAGCAGAGGAAAAUAUGGUCCAUUUGGUGAUGAAGUAGGGAAAUUUUUUACUUCAACCACAACAGAGGGAAAGGCGGUAGGUUUUCAUGGGAGGAGUAGCAUGUAUUUGGAUGCUAUUGGGGUCCAUAUGCAGCACUGGUUGGGAAGUCAGAAAACUUCAAGAUCAUCAUCCCUCUUCAAGCUAUUUUGAUUUGUGAAGAAUAAUAAAGUGUGAGCAGUGUGAUCACACUAUUACUUGUAUACUAUCGAAAUAAUGAUUUGUACUUAUUCGAUCCUAAGUUCCUAAUUAUACAUUCAAACACAAUAUCAAUAGCAAGAGUAACCUGUGACAAUUAUAUUUCAA